AUGGACGCGAGUGAACCAGCACCGGGCGCCAACGCGGUCGAGUCCGCCAAGAAACAGUGGCAGGUCAGUAUUACCGGAGCCAUGGAAACAACCGGCGCCCUUCCCAAGAGGAUAUACUCAUAAAUCGUCCCUCUCUUCCUUCCCCGUGACCUUGGUCAUGAUUGCAACCGUGACCAUCACAACACGCAUGCACGCGCGUGUACCUUCUUGGAUCGACCUUGCUCGCGCGUCGCACCUUCUCGGCCCACACAACACACACACACACACACACACGUGGCUUCCGGCCUCGCUCAUCCAGGUGUAUCAAGCAGCAUUAGGUGCGCCAUCCGCACACAAGGUCACAAGGUCACAAUGGAACAACACAAUCCCAAUUCUGACGCUGUUCUUUCGCUACGACACAGACCGAACGACACCCCACACUUUACGCCGAUGGAUGUCGACGCUCGUCCUGUUCCUCGUCUUUUUCGGCCGGAUCCUCUGGGCCCAGGCCUACUACAUCGUCUGCUAUGCUCUUGGGUCAGUCUGCAGUGUAAAGCGCCUAGCUCUACGCGAACGCCCACCUCGAGCGUUCGGCAAACUCUUCCUCCCACAGCAUCUACCUCCUCAACCUCUUCCUCGCCUUCCUCCAACCCAAGGUAAGAGCUCAAACCGAGCCCCUCGCUCUUGUGCUCAACAACAUUCCCCUUGUGCACAGUUCGACCCCUCCGUUCCCGACAUCGCCGAAUCCGACAUCGCCGACGGCGCCCCCGGACUCCCGACCUCCAUGUCGGCCGCCCAAGCGCAAUCCUCCUCCCUCAACGACACCACCGACUCGGGUGAAUUCCGUCCCUUCAUCCGCCGUCUGCCCGAAUUCAAGUUCUGGUAUUCCGCGACCAAGGCGAUCGCUUUCUCCUUGUUGGCGACCUGUUUCCCCUUGUUCGAUGUGCCCGUCUUUUGGCCCAUCUUGUUGGUCUACUUUUGUGUGUUGUUCUUCAUUACGAUGAGGAGACAGAUUGGGCACAUGAGGAAAUACAAGUAAGCGAUCGGGGGCUUUAUUUCAUGCGUUUAUGGAUUCGCAUGGUCAUAUUGACAUGAGGAUUUUCUCGCCUUUCAUCAGAUACCUCCCGUGGGAUUUGGGCAAGACCUCGUACGGGAACAAGUAG